CAUGUCACAACACAAAACAAAACCAGUGUUUUAUAUUUUAUGUUGAUCCACCGGGGUCGACUUUUAGUCCAAAACGCUUCUUUUUCUUGCGAAGUAGAACUAGUAGACACAUUUUGAAGGUUUUGCAACGUCCAACUUUACGACAAUGGCAUGGGUUGCGGCUCUUCACUCUUUAAAUUAUCUUAAAACGUUUGUUGGAGGCGAUGAGGUAAGAAUCGCUGUUUUUACGUGGUGUACCAGUUGUUUGCAUUUUUUAAAUCCCCGACAUGAUCUCUUAGGACUUUCCACAAAUUUCUUGCACCUUUCGAGUGCAGCGCAACUGGAAUGCAAUUUUUAUUAUACAUAAGACAACUUUUAAGAUUUCUGUUAGUCAAAACUUCUUAGCGACUGCCCACUGGCUUCAAUAAAUCCACAGCCGAAGUGAAAUUUGUGUCGUAAGUUAGUGUUAUGAUUGGUGAAUAUUAAUUUCUUUUUGCUUAAAUAAUAACAAUUGGCUCAGUACACUCGUAAUUUGCUCAGUGCUGUACAUUUGUAUAACUUAUCAACUUCCACAUUAUACCCAGCUUAGUUCUAAAGGCUGCAUUGCCGCCUGUCCUGGCGAAGAUCCCUUGCACGUCUUGUACGGGUCUGUUUGUCGGUAAGAGAAACUCUGGUAACGAAAUUGAUAGCGCCGGCGUCGUGUGCCUUGUGUGUCCUUGUAGGGGAUACAUCCUCCAAAAUUCUUUUUCUUUUUUUUUUCUAAACCUUAUAUACGCUGACAUUUCAAUAGUAGGGAGUUGGCUUUCAACUUACCAAAGAACUGCCAUAUUAUAUCUGAUAAGAAGAAAGUAAUUAUACAGAGGGUAACGCCCUGUAUAACCCUUGGGAUAUGUGAAUUGCACCAAAGUUAUUUUUAGACCAGUUAAACGCUUGAAAUCAAUCGGAAGUUGGUUUCCGAAGAGGUUUCAAAUUUCUAUUCAGUGUUGUCGAGAGAGAAUAAGGGGACAUUAUUCUCUGGCUCUUUCUGUGUCGCCAUUACAAUAUUCUGCAUUGUUUGCUUUGAGGCAGUCACGCGUGGACUUCGGGUGUCAUUUCUAACAAUCGAUCAACAUGUGCGGAUGCCCCAGGAAUUAGACUUCUGUUCAAUAAUAACCUCUAAAAAUAACCUUAGUGAAAUUCGCAUAUCCCGACCAACGGCCUAAGAUUCCCCCUCUGUCCCAUUAAUCUCUCUGGUCUGAUUUGUUUUUGGUUUUUGUUCAUAUUACCUGACUUUACAGGUGAGCUUUGCUUGUAACUCCUCACUAAUUGCAAUACAGUUACGAUGUUAUGAACUGAAAACGUCUCACUUAGUAUAAGGUCCUCAUGAGUGCUUGAGGUUGUACUGUGCUUGAUAUACCAUCUGCUGUCCAUGCGCCAUGCUCCUGCACUCCAGCCUCGUCCCCAUGGGCCUGUUUCCCGAAAGUCCCGGUAACUUUUCAGGCCCGGAAAGCUUUUUUCGUGUUUCUUGUGUUUGCGCUCAAGAUCGAAGUUUCCAUGAUUUUGAAAAUAUGUAAUACAGUGCAACUAUUAGUAAACAAAGCAAAAUUGACUGGUUUGUGGGCUAAGAACUGUGCUGCUAUAACAGGUUUUAAUUUCAAAAUUUCCUUUGGGGCCGUUAGAAACGGCCUCAGGGCUUUUCCCAAUCCCUGGGGAAGAGAUUGCCCGCUCUCAUCCUCCCCUUUUUCGGGUAGGAACCAAGACUGGAAUCACGAGAGCGACGUAGAUCGAACCUUGUCUAUUCACUUCACAAAUGAGUUUUCAAUUAUUCUUUCUUUACCUCUAGGAAAAAGCAGAAAGCGAGCUCAAGAUGAACAUGGACGAUUUAGAGGCACAGCUGAGGUAAUUUGGCGACUAGUUUUCACCCAUUUACGCAAAUUAUCCGGUAUAUAGGGUAGCAAUAAUUGCUGAAAAAUUAAACUCUGUCGUAUCGUAUCAACAGCCACGCAUUAGAGCAAGGAAGCCUAAAGGACAGAGAAAUAAAGAGCAUAAGAAGGCAGUUAGACUCAAGGGAUGACGAGUUAGCUGAAAUGACAAGAGGAAGGGAAGUGGCUCUGAAAGAAAACAGACGACUACAAGCAGAUUUAAACACCAUGACCGAGGAACAUCAGGUAUGGCUCAGCUAGUCUUAUUGUAGUAAGUCGUUUGAAGGAUUUCAGCCGAGACUAAAUUUGCACCAUAUGAAUGAACAGCCGAGAUUUCGUAAAGCCACCACUGGUUUCCCGCGAAAUGACGUCUGAGGAACGAGCGCAGAAAUUCCAUACUGAUGACGUGUCACUAUCCAGGCCCCGGUUGUUCAAACGUCGGAUAGCGCUGUCCACCGGAUAAAUCACUAUCCAGCGGGUAGCGUACUUGAUUUCCGUAAUACUUAUCCGCUGGAUAGUGAUUUAUCCGGUGGAUAGCGCUAUCCAAUGUUUGAACAACCGGGGCCAGAUCUGGUUAAUGCUGUGAUUAGUUGAAAAAUUGCUUCCACCAAUUAGAAGCACUACCCAGAUCUGGGUAGUGACACGUCAUCAGUACGGAAUUCCUACGCUCGUUACUAAGACGUCAUUUCGUGAAGAAACCAGUGGUGGCGUCGCGAAAUGUCGGCUGUUUUCACGGGCUAAUAAUUUUUUUUUGUUUCAGGCGAUUCAUCAGCAGCUGCAGGAAGCGUUGGAAGAACAGGAAAGUCUCAAGGUGCAAAUAGCGGAAUAUGCUAGACAAGUGGCACGGGUAGAAGAACUCCUAGCUGAGAAGGUCAGUUAACUUACCUUAUACGCACGCGCAUUGGCCAUUUAGUUGCGCGUGAGACUGGCCCGGCGUCAUCGAAUUGUAUUAUGGGACUGUUUUUGGAACGCUAUCUUUUCUUUUAUUGGCUGUAACAAAGUCACACGGGAAACUGGGUCAGAAUUCGACCCGAAAAAACAAUCCCAUAGUGCAAUUCGAGACAGCAAUGACCCAGUCUCACGCACAACCUCUAAAUGGCCAAUAACAUCAUCUGUUGUUUUAGCCAAUUCGUUAUGUGUUUUCUAAAGUGUAUGUUUUGGUUUCUGUUCUGUUUUGUUACGUUUUUGUUGUUUUAUCAAGAAACUUAGUCGAGUUGUAAGUUUUUUCAUAAAAAAGCAGAGGCGUUCUAAUUGUGUUGUUUCUGGUUUAGCUGACGAUAUGAACUUUUUACUAGAGGAAAACCCUUGAGAAACUUCUUUUUAACCGGAAAUAUAAGUAAAAGUAUGUGCUUUAUUUUGCACAUUUUCUUUAAUUGAUUGGAAAAUCAACGUCUUCAUAUGUUUAUAAAAUUAUAGCUGUAUCAGGCUAUGCGUCAUUGGCUCCUCAUUUGUCUCGCGCGUGAGCGAGAAAUUGGCUCGCGCGAGAAAACACAACGCGCGGGGACGGAAGGAAAAUGACGCUGACGUGUGUAGGCAACUUUCGUGCGUACUCGUGUUGUUGCUUACUUGACGGUCCCUUUGAUAGAUAAGAAACCGCUCGUAUUCUAAGUUUAGAUAUGAGCAACGAUUGACCAGUGUUUUAAACGCAGGAUCAAGAAAAAGAAGAAUUACUGGAACAGUAUCAGCUUCUGACCGGUGAAACAGAGCGGCUCGUGACAGAAUCAAAGUUGUCAGCUGGAAAAAUGUCCACCUACCACGUUGAACUGAUGGAUAAACAAAGAUCAGAAAUGGAACUUAACAGCAAGAUCAGACGGCUUGAGAGUGAAAUUGAACAGGUAAGUGAAACUUCAUUUGAGUUUUUUUCUGUUACGCUGUCUUUGGCUAGAAAAUCCAAAGCCAUUUUACUACCCAUUUAUAACUUGCUUGAAUGAAUUUCCCUCCUUUCGCGUCGACCACACGUAUUUGCUUGAUCUGGUUGGUUAUCGGUAUUUUCUUGUGAUUGGCCGAAGUAAUGUAUUUGGCUAUGUGCUGACGAAAUUCAAUUCAAUUAAAAAUGAAUCGUGUAAUGAGAAAAUUUCUUUUGGUAAAAACUUAACCAACGUUUACAAGGUCCUUGUUUGUUUUGACUAAUGUAUGUAGAGUGUUUAAUUCUAAAUAAAAACUGAUAACCAUUCAAUGUAUGGUAAAGUUACGUUUCGGGUAGCUUAAGAAGUUAAAUAUUUGAGUCUAUUUCUUUGACGAAUUUUCUUAAAAGUGAGAAAGGAAACAGAGCAUUUUUCCUUUUAAAGGAAAAACCCGAUAUGUGUUUUCAUUUACACUACGUCAUAGGAAAACGAUUUAUCGUAAACAAGUCUUAAAACGAUGAAUAAAAAAUGUGGGGAAAAAAUAAUAGAGCGGUUUUCAUUUGAGUGUCGAAAAGUAAUUGGUUUUGCACUUUCUACACGAUGCGAUUGGCUUAAAAGAUUCGCGCCACCUUUUCAUCCAAUCAGAAGUAAAACCAAAGCCAAUUGUGACGCGCUCGCAUGCAUUUUCCCGCGCUUUGCGUCAGCCACAUGUAAUUACUUCGAGUUUUGAUUGGUUCAAUGUAUUGUCUGCGUCCUAUGUGAUUGGCCAGAGUAAUUACUUUGGUUUUGGUUUUACGACACUCAAACGAAAACCACUCUAAAAAGAAUUGACAAGUUAUUCUGAAGACCCAACGGUUAUGAAAAUGUGUAAGGGGCAAAAUAUUCACUGGUAUAGAAAAGAUUUAUUUUGACUUGUUUUGUUUGCAAAUUAUUUCGUUAGGUGCAAGACGCACUUGCUAAUAAACGGCGACAUAUGAGAAGGGAUAUUGAUCAUCGACGAUUAUCCUCUCACGAAUACUCAAGUUAAAUUGAUACUUAAGUUACGUUUUAGCAAUUAAAUUGAGAUAAUACCGUACUCCUCACCCCAAUACACUCUUUAACAUCAUUAAGACAGGAGAAACGAACUUAUUCUUCUCCUUAAGUAAAGAUUUUACAAAUGUAUACAUUAAAAGUAUAAUCAUGAGGAACCCAGGACGACAAUCCAGCUACAUAUCGUAAGAUUAUUGUUAGAAAGUAAUUUCAUAUAUUACAUGUAUUUAAAAUUCUAAUAAAUUAGUUGAGAACAAAUGUUAAAUUAGUAAGAAGUUUAAGUCUGUUAAAGCUUGUAAACGCAUAAAUUACCUUUCUACGAUAAGCUUAUAGUUUUUAUCUUCCAAACAUCUCUACGCUGAUAUAAAAUUUCAUAAAACCUAAAAUAAAAUUAAUAUUGUUGCGGGAAAUAAAUUAUCGUUUAACUGUUCGUUUAUUUAUGACAAUGGUAUUUUGUUUGAUAUAAUGUACCUUCGUAAUGUAUAAACUCUAUUAGUGAAAUUAAUGCAGCUAUAAAUGUACGGUUUUCUUAUUGCGAUUUUUAAAAGGGCGAGAGUGAAUAAUCUACUGUACAUCAAAGAUAAUGACAUAUCAGUUAAUUUUAAAGAGCUAAAACAAGUAAAAGGUGAUCUUAUCCCUGUCAUAACUUGUUGUCCUUAGUGUGUUAAAAAGUUAAUUUAAAUAUAUAAAAAUCCUCGGACGAGGAUGAUUGCGUCACUUGAGUGCAAUGAAAAGGGCGUCAGGCGUGUUUCAACCUUCGUGUUUUACGUUCGUCUCUGAAACGCAUCAAAAAAGCUCUAUUGCGGACUGUGAACUGCACACAAACUGAAUGAACGUCGAGCAGACAAUAUUCGCUCGAACAGUUUUUUCCCCUUGCUUCUUUUUCGGUUCUACUGACAUCCUGUUUCAGGCUCUUAGUAAGUGGGAACGAGCGAAAAGAAAAGAAAACAGGCAAGGACUCGCUUUUCUUUACGCUUUUUUUUCACUGAAUGGGAGCCUGGGACAGACUAUUCUGCUUGCGCUGGUUGCUGCCAUUUCAAACGACCUCUCCCCAGACCCUUCUUCCCACUCAGAACGGCGAAGCGGGAAAUUACUGUCGACUGUCGAGACCCCUUCGUAAAACUUCGUGAAACGUCGUCUUAGGAACUUGACCCACGUGUAUUAUUUUAGUCGGGAAACGCUUCUUAUACGAAACUAGACCAACUUAGUGCCAGUAUUGGAAAAACGGGGUUGGAAAAACUACCUUUCCUCCCUCCCUGUAAUGUACAGGACAUUAUGUAACUGUAACGAAUUAUCCAAUCAGUAUAGCGCAUCUCAUCAAGCUUAUGAAAUUCAAGUGACCAGCCUUACCAGAUCCCUCGCUCAAAUGGAAGAACAGCUCAGACUGGCCAAUGAGGACAGGGUAAGUGGUUUUCAGGAUAUUUCGCUUUUUUAAAACUAAAUGGCGAUAGAUUUGACCUUCAGGUUUAGCUUGUACAACAGGUGUUUUGGGGGGCCAUAUUUCGAUUCAUUCCCAUAAUUUGUAUACCAAAAGUUAGGGAAUGUUUCUGACCCCGGCUUCUGAUCGAGGAUCCCAACGCUCUUGCUCCAGCGCUGUGCUUUGGUAAGUUUCACGUGAUAGAAAGCCAAAACGCGCGUGAUCAGAUUUCAAGUGAUAGAUGGUACAAACACUUGCAUGAUCAGAUUAAAUUUUAGUUUUAUGCAUUCCAUAAGCUUUCCAUUUAUUCUCAGUGGAAGUCCAAGUGAGUGAAUGCUGGCUACAGAAGUGCUAAGCGCGCGUAAUAGUAGCCGGGACAUCAGGAUUGCGGGCUCCUCUUGUCGCCCGCAACAAAUGAAUUUGUCUUCAGCUGAUAUCCUUUUGAUGUGGACGCUAGCGGAACUCCCGUUAGGCUUACUCUCCAGCCUUGGGUCCCGUGGGUGUUUGUAAAUACAGCUGUUACUGUAAAAGUGUUAUUGUUGCAAUGUUUUAAAAAUUGUUGUUUUUUUUUUCUUUAUUUGGUAGGAGAGUAUGAUGCAAGAUCUUACAGCUGUCAGAGAACUAUGCAUGAAACUCGAUCAAACACGAGAGUCGCUCUCCAGGCAACUUGCUGCGAAAGCUUUAGACCAUGAUCAGGUACUCAAUACUGUGAAUUUGUACCACAAAUUUAACAUGAUGGAGGAUCAAAGUGGAUGGAAGAUUAAGAUAUCAAAAAUAUUCUUAAAAAGAAUGCUUGGUCGCAGGCUGCUAAACCCGUCCUUUAACAAGCCUUCUAUACACAAACGUAGAGCUCGCUAGAGUGCGCUUGUUAUUGCAGAGGAAGGCAAAGUGCAAAGGCAUGAUCUUGAGGCGGAUAACUCUGCUUAAUCAGGCCACGAUGAUAUCAUUUGUGCUAUGGUCACAACUGUGACUUUGUGGAACCUCAAAUUGCAAUAAAGUUAAAAGCUCAACAAGACUGGUCGCAGGCUAGUAUUACUUGUUGAGUCGCAAGCCAGUUAAGCUUGCACAGCCAAUCAAAACAUUUGAUAGCCUGCGAGCAAGCUCUCCUAUUUGGGAAAGCGAAGCGAGCCUCGUUCGCUCGCGUGUUCUCGCGAGACUCGUUUCACUCGCCCAAAUAGGAGAGCUUGCUCGCAGGCUAAACAUUUGCUUGCUUUUGUGCGUUCCUCUGUUUUCAAGAUUUUUUUUCCUUUUUGUUUUUAGUUGCGUGAGCUACUCGAUGAAGCCAAGAUUGAAACGGACACUUUACGGCAAAAGGUUUGGCACCGAUAACUCUAGUCUCCUACCUAAGCAGAGCAGGUGUUAUUGGAGUCGUCACGCAAUGCUCUCUCUGGAGCAUUGCCUGACGACCUAAGUAACGGUUGUGAGAUAAGCGUUGGGUUUGAUACCAUAAAAUUCCGAAAAGUAACGACCCUUCGACACUUUUGUGAUUAAUGAAGCCUGCAGAGACUAAAUCCAACCGUUCACAAAAUGAUUUAAUAUGGUAUCACUGAUCCUGAAUAUAUGAAAGGUCGUACGUUACGUAAAAGUGGAGCGAAGUUCAACUUACGUUUACGCGCGACCUUCCAUACAUUGCCUUUAUUUCAUUAACGCGCGUUCAAUUUUCGUGCGUGUGUGCGUAAAAAUUACGUGACAGUGGAAAUCCGCCUUUAGGGUUGGAAACCAAAGUUUCUUUUAGAACAAACUUGUUUAUCUAUCUUUCGGUUCUAUAGCAACGGUAAUUAGCAAUCUCAGUGACUAUUAGACAAAAAAGUUAAAACACUUAUUCAACCCCCAAGACAUUUAAAAUAAUGGUUAGAAUUAACGGACGCGUUAAAUGUUUCAAAGACCUUCCUGUUGAUGCCUUUAUUGUUCACAGGUGUUCUCAGAGAAAGAAACCGUUAGAAGUCUUGAGGGAGUUCUUGCAAAACAAAGAGAAAAGGUUUUAUAUUAUUUAUCAUUUCUUCAUUGCCAAAAACAGGAGACAUCAGAAAGCUUAGUUACAACAAACUUUUGCUAUCCACGCAGGAAUUCGUUGGACGAAAAUCUCUGGAGAACACGAUGGACGAAGUGGACAGACUAAAAGACAGGCUGGCAAAAACAGACCAGGAAAAGUAAGUUUCUAUAACGUUCCACUGUUGGGUGGUGGAGGGCAAGGCAUACAUGUCAGCUUGUGUUUUCUCACCAGUGUCCUAACUUUUACUCAGCAAUUGGCCUUAUUCGGCUUAAGUCAGACACGCAAAAGAAUUGUCGUUUAAAUGAAAGACCAUUGUCAAACGGAGGACUCAAACACGACUCGCUAAACCCUGGUAUCUCAAGUUAAAGAGAGCACAAAAUGCUGUGCAGUCUGUCAAAUUUGAUGUCAUAGUUUGGUGUUUUGCAGAACCUAUCAGCGGCAGGAGGUUAACACGUUACGCAAAGCUUCAGAAAGACUUGAAGACGAAGUGUCUAAGCUAAAGAAACAAUUAGCAAAUGAGAAGUUUGAAAGGUAAAUAGUGACAAGAUAGUGUACUACCCAUAAGAUUUAUGUGCAUACCGUAAAAUUCCGAAAAUAAGCCCCUCCAGACAUAAGCCCCCAAACAGGUAACGCAAAAACCCCUCCGUUAAAUCGCCCCUCCAAAUAUAAGCCCCCCGGGGGCUUGUCUUGGAAAAUUGCCCUCAAAUACAAAGUAAAACAAAGCAAAAACGGUAAAUUUACUUCCAACUAUAAGACUAGCCCAAUCGAUUUUGAAACGCAACUUUCCCUCCCUAGAUAAGCCCCUCCGAAUAUAAGCCCCUCCAAAAAUAAGCCCCUCAAAAAGGGACUUUGAAAAAUAUAAGCCCCGGGGCUUAUUUUCGGAAUUUUACGGUAUAAACUUUGGCCAUGUGGAUCAUCAGGUACACCAGAUUGAACCUUGCCAAAUUAGAUUUUUAUAGGUUGCUGUUCCUACAAUGUGCCAUCAUACUUGCCUGAUAUAGACUUUACCGAAGAAAUGUUAGAACAACAUAUUUAUAUAAAAAAGAGGAAGGUUUAGAGCUUCUCUACUCACAAAACCGGGAAAGCAGGUCAGUUUGCCGCAUUCAAGUGGACGGAAUUGGGGAUUUUGUUCAAAACAACCAACCUGUAUACAAUCCCAUCCUAACCGUGGAUAAAGGUUGAUUUGCACUGACGCGUUUUUGGCUACGCACGUAAAUUUUAAUCACGUAAAUAAAAUAAAGGCAACAUAUGAAGUGUUGAGAUUAAACGUGAAGUUGACUGAGGUUCUACGUUUACGCUUACGUGCGACCUUUCAUACAUUGCCUCUAUUUUAUUUGCGAACGUAAAUUUUAUGCAAGUAAAAAUUACGCGACAGUGGAAAUUAACACUAAAGUCAAUACGCGGACUAAGGAAGAUGUUUCACGAGGUGAUUCGCAACGACGAUUUUUAGCGCAACGCAGCGUUGCAACAUUGUUGCGACAUUGUUUCGAAUAGGUACAACAUUGAUCCAACAUUGCAACGCUGUGUUGCGCUAAAAAUCGUCGUUGCGAUCACCUUAAUACACAAAAGAUUGUUGGGCCCUUCCUUAAAGCGAACUAACGAUGUUACUUCAACAGAGAAAGAUUAUUACAAGAAACAAGUCGAAGAGAGAGGGAUAUCACGGGCUCAGCCUCAAGUAAGUCUGUUAAUAUUAGCCUUUUUUUCGUCCGGGGUUCUUACAGAUUUUUGGAACCAAAAUUCAAGACUUUUCCAGACGUUUUUGCAAAACUUUUAUUAAUAUAUCUUCCAGACUCGAGGUUAUCAAACAGAUGAUCAAACGAGACCUUUAAAAAAACGCAAAAACAAAGCUGUUUUCACGAUGUGCUGCGCACGUAGUUUAUUGAAGGUUAUUGAUUGACAUAUUUCCAUGGACGUUACAUUAGGAGGAGCCACCCACAAUGUUAGCACAGUUACUGACAAGGUAUAUGAGUAGGAAAACAACCCAAAGAAAAUGUUUAGUGAAGUACCAGUGGGAACAAAGUGUCUCAAUCUUGUGAGAAUUCCAGGACAUUUGCUUAUCUUUGACGCGAGAUUGAAUAAGAUUUGACGAAAACGAGAAAACUUCACCCAUAAAGCACAAGUUGUAGCUUAAAAAUUUACCAUUUUUGCGGACCUCAUCUCUAUUUUCCAGACUUUUUCCAGGCCUGGAAAAUUGUUGGGUAAAUUUCAAGACUUUCUUAAGAAUUCAAGACUCUGUACAAACCCUGGUUUUCUUUCAAAAGCGUUGAAAAUCACAACAUUUUAAGAAAAUAUCGCACUUUUGCUGCGUAAAAUAAUUAAAAGUAACACGGAAAAGAUUUUAUGCAAACGGUAAUCUUGUAGCGAUUUACCUAUAGCACCCAAAGCGCUCANAUUGAUCAAUGUCUUAUUAACACUAACCCACCCACCCCCCGUUUGUGCAUCCCCACCUCCCCUCCAUCAUGAACAAAAAACACACCAACCAACCCCACAACAAAACACUUCUCUUUUUAUUUUUUUUUUUUUUUUUUUUUUUUUCUUCUUUUUUUUUUUUUUUUUCGGGGGGGGGGGGGGGGGGGGGGGGGGGGGGAGGAUAAGAAAGUCCUCGCAUUUCGCCCCUACUGACAAGGGAACAGCUUCGGAGGAGGAUCAACUCCAAGAAAUAUUAAAAGUGGGUGAAACCAGUAAUCUAUGUAACAUUUUCUACUACCUUCUUUUUUUACUCUCUACAGGAGAAUCAUUGACGAGCCGUUAUUCUCGCAACACAGACCAAAGACUUCAUACUUCGUUCAGCAGUGGUGAUUUUGCGAGACUAAAGCCAAAAGACAUGUCUUCACCCCUGGUCUCUGAUCACAGCGACAACGGGCGAAGAGUCAUUUCACCAAUCCGCAGGCGAAGCGAUGAUGACGUAUGUAUUCCAGCGUACUUGUCCCCCGGUUUUUUUUUUUUCGCGUUCACAAUGAAGGGAACGGGACGGUGUAGUCUCUUAUUCCAAAGGAGUGUACAUAGCUACGACGACAAAAGUGUAAAUGAAACUAGAACGUGCAACUUACUCUCCAACACGGCAAACCUUGUUUGACAAGCGAGACAAUAUUGCCUUGAAAAACUUUCCUCCAAACUUCACCCUCCUUCACCAGAUCUUUUUGUUAAAGACCAGAAAACAUUAAUUUAAGUAAAGAUCGCUAAAAAACACGCAAGGAAUAGCCCUGUCACGUUUGUCACACACAAACGUUUUUCCGUCCUCUUUUUUCUCCUGUCCUGUUGCGCAAACUCACUAAUGUGUUAAAGAUCGCAACCAAGAUAGAAAAGAGAAAGGCAACACCGUUACCAGGUGUUCAGGUGCUCUAUAAAACGCCCCAGAGGAUGGCAAAAAGUGUAUCACAAGCGCGCAGUUCUUGCCUUGGUUGUGAAAGCUAUUGUUUUUCUUGUCGUUGUUGUUGCCGUCGUCGGUGUGAAACCUCCUGUAAAGCUUUAAGUGGCAGGCAUUUUUUGGUUUUUAAGCUGUAAUCCAACUGCGAGUAAGGUGGUCAACAAUGUGUUUUAGUUCGCCUUCUAACCAACUUCACACUUCCUUGUUGCAGGACUCCUCAGAUGCAAGUUGACGAAAACCCCACGUGAAGUAGGCUGAUAUCACCUCAUUACUGAAGUACUGCCCAGAUUUGGUCUGAAAAACAGGAAAGAACAUCCAAUCCAAGCGACAAGGCCUAUUUAACUUAUACGUGCCUAAAGAGGAAGAAGUUUUUUGCAAACUCUGAAGAAGAGUAUUUUUACAUACUUACGUUUGAAACAUAUCCAAAUUUAGUGGGAAAAUUCAAAUUGUAACAUAUUGUAUUCAUGCGAGAUUUUUAUGAAGUCAUAAUGUAUAUAAGAGAGUUUAAUAGUGGUAUAACCAUAUGUAUUGAAAUUCUACGCGAAACCAACAAGUUUCAUGAGCUUCAACACUAAGCCACGUUUGGUGUUUCGCUCACUGUUGGUGUGCACUCCCCCAGAUAUCCAGUUAAAAUGCAUUCCAGAAAGGACACAUAUUAUAGAAAGCUUCGCUCAAGUUUGCAUGAAAACGACCGUUCGCGCUAAUAUGUUCCAAUGGACUCGCUGUCUUGCACUCAAGAGCUUUUUUACUUUCUUUUAAGGCGUAUAUCGCGCGUUUAUCCAGAGAUCUAAUACUUUAAUUUGACUGUAGAAUCUCUGUUAACGAACCGACUUAAAGGUGAUCCCUGUUAGUUUUCCAAUUUUUUCUUGAACUCCAUGGGUUGAGCAUGUUACUGGUUAAGACGGACGCAGCGUGCUGUUUUCAGUGUGUAACAAUUAAUUCUACGGUCGAAUAUAUCUUGAUAAUCUUCUCAAAAGCAAAUAUAGGGGACAAACCAGUAAAUUGUUUUUCUCUGUAAAAAACGCUUCUACUCAUACAAUUAACCGCAUAAUAAACGUCAUUACCCUGUUACAUUAAAAUCUUACAUCACAAAAAUUAGUUUAUUCCCCGAUUGCAGAAAAAUAUUGAAGUUCUUGAUAAUAUCAUUCGAGUUGCUAUGUAGCAAAAAUUGCAAAUAAGACUCAUGCCUGGAAAAUAUGAAGAUCUAAAUGUGAUCUCAAGAGUUAUGUAGAAGUUUAAAAUUUUGAAAGUGAGUUUAGUGCUUUAAGAGUGUUUACUAGGAAAUCAAAUUACUUUGUUGACAGAGGAAUAAAUUUACCACAUCAAAUGAUUAUCAGUUAUUAGUCCUGUCUUUUCAAUUUAAAAUUAAUAAUCUCUUA